GCUCUGCAGCAGACCUACCGGCCGACAUGCACCCUCCGUUGGCAGAUCACCAGCAGACCGCCUGCAUCGAGGUCAUGAACCAGCUCAAGGCCUGCCACGACUCGUACCCGUGGCUCAAGUUCGCCGGCCUGUGCAACACGGAAAAGGGCGCGCUCAACGCCUGUCUGCGUCAAGAGCGUCUCGAACGGACGUCCAAGAACGCGCAGCUCGCCAAGGACAAGCGGAAAGAGAUUGAGCGUCGGUGGAAGGAGAUUGAGCAGGACUCGUGAGGGAGGUUUGGGCUCGUCCGGUCGAGCAGGAGCUGGGUAUCGAGCAACCUAGAUUGGCCCAAUCGCCUCGCCUCGACUCGCCGCAUCUUGUCGUUCUGUACCUCUACGCAAUGCACAUCUCGCACCUCGUUCUCCUAUCA